CACCAGCGACUCUUAAAUCCAGCCGCUCCUCUGUUUUUAGGCAGGAGAUUUGAAGAAACAAACAAGAAAACAGGAGGAGCUGUGCUUAGAGCCUGAUAGAGAGAAGUAUCGCCGGUAUUCUGACAUCUUAAAUUAUUCUCAGCGGGCAGAGACUUUUUUUAGGACAGAGGGACCUCACCAUGAUAAGGGCUGUGGAUAUUGCGCUCACUGUGCUGCUCGCCGCGUCCCUGUCAUGCCGGAGCGCCCUCGGCGGCUACGGGAUGAGCCUGUUCGCGGCGCAGACUUCUCCCCCGGACCCCUGCUACGAUGAGCACGGCAACCCGCGGCGCUGCAUCCCGGACUUCGUCAACUCUGCUUUCGGGAAGGAAGUGAAAGUGUCCAGCACCUGCGGCAAGACGCCCAGCCGUUACUGCGUGGUGACAUCUGCGGAGAAAGGAGACGAGAGGACCAGGAACUGUCACACCUGCGAUGCGUCGGACCCCAAGAAGUACCACCCUCCGGCGUACCUGACGGAUCUCAACAACCCGCACAACCUCACCUGCUGGCAGUCCGAGAAUUUCAUCCAGUAUCCUCAAAAUGUCACCCUGACUCUGUCCCUGGGAAAGAAGUUUGAAGUGACUUAUGUGAGCCUGCAGUUCUGCUCGCCUCGACCUGAAUCCAUGGUUAUUUACAAAUCCAUGGACUACGGGAAAACUUGGGUGCCCUUCCAGUUUUACUCGACCCAGUGCAGGAAGAUGUACAACAAGCCGAACAGGGCCGUUAUCACAAAGCAGAACGAGCAGGAGGCCGUGUGCACGGACUCCCACACCGACAUGUACCCUCUGACCGGCGGGCUCAUCGCCUUCAGCACGCUGGACGGCAGACCGUCCGCGCACGACUUUGACAACUCCCCGGUGCUGCAGGACUGGGUGACAGCCACUGAUAUUAAAGUCAUCUUCAGCCGGUUGCACACUUUCGGCGACGAGAACGAGGACGACUCGGAGCUGGCCCGGGACUCGUACUUCUACGCCGUGUCAGACCUGCAGGUCGGAGGGAGAUGCAAAUGCAACGGGCACGCGUCUCGGUGCGUAAAGGACCGGGAUGGGAGUCUGGUGUGUGAGUGCAAGCACAACACCGCCGGACCGGAAUGCGACAGGUGCAAACCUUUCCACUACGAUAGACCGUGGCAGAGAGCUACAGCCAGGGAGGCCAACGAGUGUGUCGCCUGUAACUGUAACCUUCACGCCAGACGGUGUCGCUUCAACAUGGAGCUGUACAAACUGUCGGGAAGAAAGAGCGGAGGAGUGUGCCUCAACUGUCGCCACAACACAGCUGGACGCCACUGCCACUACUGCAAGGAGGGCUACUACAGAGAUCUGUCUAAACCUAUCUCACACAGGAAAGCCUGCAAAGCAUGUGAUUGCCAUCCCGUGGGUGCUGCUGGCAAAACCUGUAACCAAACCACAGGACAAUGUCCCUGUAAAGACGGCGUGACUGGUAUCACGUGCAACCGCUGUGCUAAAGGCUACCAGCAGAGCCGCUCGCCCAUUGCCCCCUGCAUAAAGAUUCCAGUUGCACCCCCUACAACCCCAUCCAGCAGCACAGAGGAGCCAUCAGACUGUGACUCUUAUUGCAAAGCGUCUAAAGGCAAACUGAAGAUCAACAUGAAGAAGUACUGCAAGAAAGAUUAUGCUGUCCAGGUGCACAUCCUGAAGGCAGACAAAGCCGGCGAGUGGUGGAAGUUCACCGUCAACAUCAUCUCUGUCUACAAGCAAGGUGAGAGCCGCAUCCGACGCGGGGACCAGUUCCUGUGGGUGCGCGCCAAAGACGUGGCCUGCAAGUGUCCCAAGAUCAAGCCUGGGAAGAAGUACCUGCUGCUGGGGAAUGACGAGGACUCCCCCGGCCAGAGCGGAGUGGUGGCAGACAAAGGCAGCCUGGUUAUCCAGUGGAGGGACACGUGGGCACGCAGGCUCAGGAAGUUCCAGCAGCGCGAGAAGAAAGGCAAGUGCAAGAAGCCAUAGGUGAAAAAAAGAUGGAAAGGAUCCCGAGAGAAGAGGAGGAAUUCAAGAGAAAAGCUGAGCGGGUGAUUUAAAAAAAAAAAAUUUAAAAAGUGAAAGAGAGGCAGACAGAGGACCACGGACAGACAAGAGACUGUUUAUGUCGCUGCUUUUUUUGUGUAGAAGCAUGAAGAGAAUUAUUUAGGAUGAUUUGUUUUUCUAGUGAACUUUUGUUGAAGGAGCUCACCUUGCAGAUUUGGUUUUAUGGUUUAUUUUACUUUGAGAUUUGUCUCUCUUGUGGAUUUGCCGAAUUUGCACCUAUUACCAGCAUAUAAAGUUAUUUGUGUUUCUUUAUCUCAGUAUGAAAUCAUUAUAUUUUAUGUUUUAAUUUUAUGGACAUUUUUCUGCUGGUGCAAAAAUGACAGAAAAAAAAGCCACUUAAUUACCACUGCAAUGUUGCCUCUGCAUGGUUUUCUUGUUGUAUUCUUAGCUAAGGAGCAAGCUUGUUUCAUCUAAAGUCUUCACUGAUCUGAUCGAGGCAAUAACAUUUCCUGCGUUAAGAAUCGUGCCAUAAAAACAUCAUCUGCAAGCCACAGAAAUGCUAAUACUUUUAGCUGUCAAUGAGUUGCCAUACAUUUCCCCUGUUGUACAAAUUCAAGUAUCUGCAACUCAAGAAAUCUGGAGUCCUACAUUUUUACUUGACGCUGGUUAAAUUUAGGUGGUUCAGUAUUUGUACAAACCUGCAUGUGAACGCAUCUCAUUUGAAACUGUAAUGUUCAGUUCACUAACUGGUGCUGCUCAUGGUACUAAUGUUAAAAUUAUGCCUUUUUGGGAGGAUGGACUGCAUUUAAAUUCACUGAUUUCACUUUCAAUACUUACCAUAACUGUGAUUUUUUUAUUUUUUAACUCCAGCAGGAGUUUAACAGUGGACUUACAAAAGAAAAACUUACACACACACAAAAAAACCCUACAAAAAAAAUCCACAAAAUCAGAAGUCGCUGUUGGAUUGUGCGUCAAUAGAAAUAAAUAAUUUGAAAUUUGGGUUCUGAAGUGGCUACAAAAUAAAAAAUGUUUUUCAUUUCAUUGACAUUUACGUGUUCUACCACACAUUGAUUAGAGCUGUGAAAGUUACCCAGGGUAGGUCAUUAUUGUUGUGCGUAGAAAAGUACUGCAUUCGCAGUACUGCAUUCUCAGAGGAUACUGACAAAGACGUGCAUAUAGAAUGUCAAGUAAAACAAUGCAGGUUUUUGUAUAAUUUUAGAUAUAUUUCUUCAGAUCUGCUCAUGAAAACUUUGUCGAAUUUUAUUUUUAAAAAUUUGUAUCAAUAACACAAAGUAGGAAAAAGGUACUGCAAUGUGGACAGCUACCGACCACUAAAAAGUGUGUAUUUUGAAGUAGAAAUAUU